AUGAAGUUUUUUAAAUGGAUGCAAAAUAGGCUUAAUGUUAGCAAUGAGAAAAAGAAACCAAGCUCAGUUUCAGCUACGCAUUAUAUGGUGAAUGAUACUAAUAAACAAGAGUUCAACGACCUGCCUCAAGCACUAGUACUUGCAAUUGGAACAUUUGGGAAUUACAAUUUGAAAGAAGAUUCUAAUAAAAGUAUUGCUGAAGAGGAGUCACCUUCCUUUCAUGAUUGCUCUUUUGAAGAAGUUGGAAAUUUUCAUAAUGAAUUGAACAUAAUUUUGGAAGAGAACAAUUUCAACCUAAGCAAUAAUUUAAUAUACAACAAGGGAAAGGAGUGUUUGGAUAAAAGUAAGAAUGGCGUUUCCAAAAAAGCACUUACUUUCUUUCUUAAGAUGUUUGUUUGUGGAGGUGGAUUGCCACCUACUCCUUUGUUCAAAGAUCCACUCUCGAUAGAGUCUAGAAUGGAGAAGAUUAUGAGGGCAGUACUUCACAAAAAGAUACAUCCACAUGGUUCAUGUUCAACAACUUUUGUAAAGAAGUACCUUGAAAACGAUCCAAUGCCCCAAUAUGAAGAUAUUGAUGAUGAGGAGGAGGAGCUUACUACUAGUGCUAUAGACAAAGGAUGCAAAUGGGUUAAGACAGAUUCUGAAUGUAUGUUCUAA